AUGGUUCGUUAUUUUACAUCAACAGCAACAAAUCCACCAUCUUUAUUAUAUGUUGGACGGGAUAAAGAAGAAAAUGAACUUUUAAUUAGAUGGGGUUGGCCUGAAGAUGUUUGGUUUCAUGUUGAUAAAUUAUCUUCAGCUCAUGUUUAUGUAAGAUUAAAAGAAGGCCAAACAAUUGAUGAUAUGCCACAAGAAUUAAUUGAGGAUUGUGCUGCAUUGGUAAAAGCCAACUCAAUUCAAGGAUGUAAAUUAUCUUCUGUUGAUGUUGUUUAUACACCAUGGUCUAAUUUAAAAAAGACUGGUGAUAUGGUAACAGGACAGGUUGGAUUUUAUAGUGAUAAACAAGUAAGGAAAUGUAAAGCUGAAAAAAGAAAUGAUAUUGUAAAUAGAUUAGCUAAAACAGAAGUAGUUGAUGACAAUGUUGAUUUCAAAAGCCAACGAGAAGAAAGAGAUGCAAAAGAAAGACAAGCAAGGAGAAAAAUUGAAAAAGAAAAAAAAUUACGUGAAGAGGAAGAAAAAAAAAAAAAAGAAAAAGAAAAAGAACUUCGAAGUUAUGAGAAAGUUUUUGUUGAUGAUAAAAUGAAUACUAAUAAAGAUGGCUAUGAUUCAGAUGAUUUUAUGUAA